AUGUCCACGCCUGCCAAAAGAAGACUCAUGAGGGAUUUCAAGCGCAUGCAGCUGGACGCUCCCAGCGGCGUGUCGGCUCUGCCUGUUCCAGAUAACGUGAUGUCGUGGAAUGCUGUGAUUAUCGGCCCCGCCGAAACGCCGUUUGAAGACGGCACUUUCCGCUUGGGCUUGCAGUUUGACGAGCAGUACCCCAACAAGCCGCCGCUGGUCAAAUUUCUCAGCGAGAUGUUCCAUCCCAACGUGUAUGCCAGCGGCGAAUUGUGCCUAGAUAUUUUGCAAAACCGCUGGUCGCCCACCUACGACGUGUCGAGUAUUUUGACGUCCAUCCAGUCGUUGCUCAACGACCCGAACAUUUCGUCGCCGGCCAAUGUGGAGGCGGCCAACUUGUAUAAGGACCACCGCUCGCAAUAUAUCAAGCGUGUGCGGGAGACUGUUGAAAACAGCUGGAACGAAGAGGACGACGAUAGCGACGACAGCGACGAAGACGAAAUGGAGGAGGAUGCCUGA